AUGUCCGAGUUGGAGCCUAUUUUGUAUUUUAUUUGUUCGGAUGAUGGUGACGGUUUAAUUUUAGAACUCAAUGAUAAUUAUUUUUUAAUUAUUGAUGGUGGGUCUGUACAAACUCCGUAUUAUCAAAAUUUGAGAGUAGCGAUUCUCAAGCGUCGUAUAACGGCAUUCAAAGGGAUUAUUAUAACAAGCGUACAUAAAAAUCAUCUUGAUGGUGUCACGAAACUUUUUAACGAAUUCUUUCCACUGAAGAGUGAUAGCGGCAAAAAAUUCCAAAAUCUUGAUUAUGUCAUCCUUACCGAGGAAUUUAGAGAUAUGCCAAUUGUUGAAAUUAUUAAACGAUACGAAUUUGAGGAAAUUCAUAGAUUAGACGAUAUCCAAAUUGUCAACAAUACUUAUAUAAAAUGUUUUUUCCAAGAAAAAGGAAGUCCUUUAAUUUUUCAGCGUAUAAAAAAAGAUGAAAAAAAAGAAAACUUGAAUAUUGUCAGUUAUAUGCAAAAUAUUCCUGUUUCCGAUUACAUGGCAAAUAUUACUGUGCCCAGUUUUGCGACCAAUUAUGUGGGGUAUUUGUCAAAUAGUCCAAUGGCGAAUUAUGUGGCGAAUAUUGCUGGAGAAUUUUAUAAAUCUGCGAAACUUUAUAACGAUAUAUCUUCAGAACCGUCUAUAAAACUUGUCGUUGAACAAUCAUCAAAUAUACAGAGCAAUAAAUCUGAUAUACUGGUGGAUAUUUCAAGUAUCAUUACAUAUUUGCAACAUACUCUGAAAGAUGGAAAUAUUAAAACAAUGUUACUUACUAGUGAUAAUGACGCUUCAUGGAUAUUAGAAGUGUUAAAGAUAAAUUUAAGAGAAUAUCAAAAGAAGAUUUUUAAACCAAAUAAACAGCUAAAUUUAUUGCAAUCUAACGAACGCCUCACCAUAGAUCUGUUUAAAGUACCAUAUCAUGGCUCAAGAAUUAAUUCUAUAAUUGCAGAAACAUAUGUUCCUAAGUAUGUAAAUCAACAAUUUGCACUAAUGAUGAUUUUAUAUUAUAGUGGUCAUUUUAAUUUUUAUGAUAAUGACGACAAAGCAGAUAUUGCUGCAAAUUUCGAACUUAUGUUUAACCUUACAAAUUUUGAAAUAUUCGAAGAAGCAGCUCUAUCAAAAGAAUAUCUAACAUCUGCUUUUGACCCAACGUUUAUUAAAUUAUUUCUGAAAUAUAUGGCAGAUGCUCUGGUAAUUAGCAAUUCGGAAAAGGAUGACGUUGAUUGGAAAUGGAAUGAAAUAAAUUGGCCCGAUAUUGGAAGAAAAUUAUAUGGUUUUUACAAAAACAAUCAAAAUAGUGAUCCAAUUAAUUGGAAAAAAUAUGAUUUUAUCAAAAAUAGAGAUAACAUCUGUGAAGAAGAACUUGAUCGGUAUUUUAAUAGCAUAAAAAAGCGAAUUUAUGGAAAUUUUGACAUAAUCAUUAUUUAUACAAAACGAAGUAAUCAAAUGAAGCGUAGAUCACAAUAUGCAAAAAAUUUAAAGCCAUUAUUAAAUUCAAUGUGGAAUUGUCUAAAAUUUUCUCCAUUAGCAUUUCAAUAUAUUGUUUCUUCUACCUCAAACUUUUACGAGUCAUUUAUCGCAAAAACUUAUGUUAUCUCCUCCGAAUCAAGACAUGGCCAUCCAGACCCCUUGGACAUUGUCAGAAUUGCAAAAUCUAUAUUAGAAGAUUCAAAUAAAGAAAGAAAUGCAUCGAUUUUAUUAACUAAUGGAACAAAAAUCAAUAUGAAUUUAUUAGCUACUACCAUAAAUAAUUUAGUAAAAAAUGAGACAAACCAAUCAAUUAACAUUAAUGAUAAACUAAACCAAAUUAUCAAGGUUUAUGCUAAUUGUGGAAAAACUUAUGAAGUCAGCGUUAAACUUUCUAACGAUGCACCAAAUUAUCCUAAGAAUGCUACGCUAUUGCGCGAUCUGAUACCAUUUAAAGAACCUACUACAUUUUUGUUAUCUAAUAUACCACCUAUUGAUCAAUAUGUAUAUAGAAUAUCAAACGGCAAAAAUAACUUUAUUGUUAAAUUUGAAUGGACAGUAAAAAAUAGAUAUAAUAAUUUUUAUUUAAUGGAUUUAGAAUUAAAUACUGGAAAGGUUCUUUAUUAUGCUAUUGAUAAUUCAACACCCUCUCCACAAUUUAAAAAAUUACCUACUAAUGAAGGUGCGCUUGUAUUUUCAUACGAAAAUCAAUCAGAUGAUCAAAAGAAGGGUCAAACUUUAAAAUCUCUCUUGAAGGAACUUGGAGAGUAUAAAAAAAGUCUAAUUAUGAAAGUCACUAAUGCAACCAAUUAUAUAAUGGGACCUUCUAAUGCCGAAAGAGUGUUCAGCCCUCUUCCACCUAUUUUCGCCAAAAUAUUGUCUUCCGAAAUAGACGUGGAAUCUGAAGUUCAAUGGGAAAUUACCAAAGAUAAGCUGCUUGAAAUAAAAAACGCUACUAUAAACCUAAAAAAAACCGAGCUGCCAAAACUUGCUGAAGACCUUACUCCAAUUCUCCCUCCUUCUAGUAAAGUGACAAAUGUGCAAAUCAACGUUCAAAACUCAAGGCUUGAAGGAAUGACGACAACAGUAAGAAUUGAAAAUGAUAAUAAAUUGCAAAACUACAUUACAUGGACUUCAAAAAUAUCUGAAGUUUCUAAAGCGAGAACUAUUUUUGAUUAUCUUUUAAACGCAAAUAUUCGGCAAGAAGAUUGGAAAAAUCUUGAACUAGGCUAUUUGUGUUUUUUAAUGAUUCCUCAGUUUUCCAUCAUACCAGAAUUUCUGAAAAUUCCACUCCCCUUUAUAUCAAAAACUUCGUUAUUAAAUUGUAAAGUUAAUAAAGAAACUUCAGAAGUUGAUUUUUUACCCGGUCCUACCGGGACUAGAAUAAUUAAAUCUAAAUUCUUUUUGGAAACGAAAGGCGAAUUAAAUUUUCAACUUGAAAAUAUUUCAAUUUCACAAAUAACUAACAUCAGAGUUGUUAUUAAUGAUCCAGGUGCUGUUAAUACUGACCUAAGAAUAAUCAUUGAUGCUUAUGCGAAAAUCGGAAAUAUUGAAUCUGGAAGAAUAUUUAUACGGAAUGAUAAUGAACAACUCAUUUUGCUGAAAUUUGAUAAUGGUAUAACGCUUGCUCAAAUUGCAACAGAUGUACUUGGUAUAGAGAAUGCAUUUGAUGAUUUAAAGGUUCCUCUAUAUGAGAAAACCUUGAAAGACUUUUUAAAAGAUAUUAACAUGGAAUGUUAUUUAUCAUUCCAUCCAAUAUGCGAACCUCCAACAAUGAAUUUUAAACUUAAAGAUAUUCGAAUUUCUGCGAAUGACUUUCCUCAAAUAGAAAAAUCUAUGUUACCACAUCAAUUUUCGGAUCUGUUACAAACAAACAAAACCAUCGUUAUAUCUAUAUUAAAUACACUAAAUAAAGAAAAUAUAAUGAUUGGUCUGGACAUAAAUUUUGAUCUUUUAAUUUCUGAUAAAAAGCUUUCGACCAAUCUUUCUUACAUACCUAUUAAAGAAAUAGAGCAACAAUAUACGUCAACUAAGUAUGUGAUUUCAAUCAAAUCACAAAACUUAGAUGAUAACGAUGUUCCCUUAAACUUGGAGGAUGUUUUAAAUACUAUCGGAUUAAAUGAAAUAUUCGAAAAGCUUAAAGAUGUCGCGCCGAUGCUUGGGAAUCCUAUAUGGAACGACUUAAAAUCUAUCACAUUUCGACAUCUUUGCUUACAAGUUAAAAGUAAAUCAGAUAGUAAUAACCUUUAUGAAAUUGGGGAUUUCGAACUUGGCAUUACAAUUCCUAGCUAUAUUAUUAAAAAGGAUGUCAUUGAAGUUGAAAAUGCGGCUAUAGAUUUAGAAUACCGUGACGAGCAAUGGUCUGGAAAAAUUAAAAGUAUGGUUACAAUAAAAAACGAUAUGCCUAAUUGUCUUAUUGAAUACGUAUCACCAACAAAAGAAAGUCUUGGAAGUUUGCUAAUUAAAAAUCUUCCUGUGCAUCUCACAUUAAAUAAAAUUUUGGAAAUUCUUCAACUCAAAAUUAACUUUAAAAUUCCCAUUCUUAGUGAUUUAUUUGAACGUGCAAUCAUUUCGGAAAUCAACAUUAGUUUGAAAAAUUCAGAUACAUUAGAUUUUAUCAUCCAAGAAUUAUCUAUCGUCCUUAAAGCUAACGAAUUUGAUUUAGGGUAUUUGAAAAUUAGACAAUUGAAGAUACAUAUUACUUACAAUUCAGCUAUAUGGAAAUUUAGCAUUGAGGGAAAUGUCAACUCAAUGGCAGCAAAAAUAAUUUAUGACAAUGAAAAACGUCAAAUCCAUACGAUAUUAAUUCCCUUUCAGAAUAAAUCUCUCGGAGAAACUUUUGAAGUGCUAACAAAUGAAAAGAUUCCUGAUGAUGCAAUAUCCCAAUUAAACAUUAAUUCAGUCAACCUGGCAUUCAAUGUUGACGACAAAAUUAUUGAGAAAUUUUCAAUUGAAUUGGAAGGAACAUUAAAACUUGAAAAAAUAAAUCUUGAUAAGUUAUCAUUUAAAUACAAUAAAAUGAAGAAUGAUAAAAAAUCAAGAAAUCCUUAUUCUAUAUUUACAUUAGAGGCCAUUAUUUCUCUUAAAGCUGAUGACAAUAUUAGCGCCAAGAUAACAUUAAAUUAUAUUAUCAAAAAUACAAAAAAAUUUAUUGAAGGUUCAAUCUCAGAACAUCAAAAACCUCUUAAGUUGUCUGACGUUUUAAAACUUCUUACAGGAAAUCAAUAUGAUUUAUCAAAAAUCUUGCCAAAUUUACCGAAUUUACCAAAUUUCAAUGACUUACAAAUAGUACAAGAAAAUUCCAUAACAAUCUCAAUAGAACCAUUUCAAAUUGUCAAUUUUAACGUUUCAGUGCAAGACAAAAAAUAUCAAUUAUUAGAAGACCCUUUAUUGGUUUUAGAACCUGUUGGAAUAUCUAUCAGCUACGAUAUAACGAAGGAUAAAAAACUCGAAGGAAAAUUAUAUGGCACAUUUGCUUUAAGUGAUGGUACAAAACUUGAAAUGGUAAUUGCAGGAUCAAAAGCUUCUAGUGAAAAUACCUUUAUUGCGAGCAUACAUGCUACUAAAGGUGAACAUUCUGUCGAUAUUUCAAAGUUUGUUAAUGCUCUACUAAAAAAUGACAAAUGGUCAGACCCAAAACCAGAGGAAAUGAAGUCACUUCAAUUUAUUGUAAAAUCAUCAUUAAAUGAGACUGAAACGUAUCUUUACUUAUGCCUUGAUAAAAAUAAUACGUCCAUAGCGUUAUAUGUGAAAAUUGAAUCAAUUGGAAACGCCUUACUUUUAAUUGAGCCAAAUACAAAGCCAUCUAUGAGAAUAGUUGAUGAUAGUAAAUGGAAUUAUUUAUUUGCAUUGAGAACUUUACCGAAUUUGAAAUUUGAAAAGUUAUUUGCUUCACCAUCAUCGAUAGUAUCUGAUAUAGAUAAAGUGCUGCCUUUAACUCAGAGCAACCUUGUACUUGUAUCAUAUAAAGAUGAAACAUUGGAUCAAAUUCAAAAAGAAACGGGCAAAGUGAUCAAGAAAAUUAAUGAAAUUAUAAAACCAGAUAAAAAAAUUGGUGAUAUCAUAUCCAUUAUAGUGCCUCCAGAUAGAGAAGAUAUUUAUGAACCAAAAUUAAGACCGGGAUUAAGUCUAUAUGUAGAAUUAGAUUACAAUAAAGAGUACUUAUUAUUAGAAAAUCUUCACGCCACGGUUGAUCCUAGUCAUAAUUCAAUGAAAAUAAAGGUAGCAUUAUUCAUGGGCCUUGAUAAAUUAUCUAAUUGUGAAUUUAAAGCCGUAAUUGAUGAUUUAAAAUUGAUUUACGGAUUAAGUUUUGAAAAGAUUAAACUUUCCUACAAGCCAGGUACUUCAAACUCUGAAUUAAACAUUUUUGGAAAGCUGAACUUUGAAAAGCUACUCGAUACAGAAUUUUGGGCCGAAGGGACUUUGAGUAUAAGUGAAAAAAUAUCGUCAUUUGAGGUGAAAUCAAUAUCACAACGAAUAAAAAACCCAUUUGAAAAGAUGAAAGGAAUAAUUCUUGAAGAAUUAAAAUUUCUCAUGAAAUUUGAAUACGAAGAUAAUCAAGAUACCAAUAACUCAAAGAUGGAAAUUAGUAGAAAAAUACGAAAAAGUACAUAUGAUCUAAGCGGCAAGGUUAAAUUUCAUUACAAAAAUUCUGAAAUUACUUUGUCUGGAGGAAUUUUAUUUGUAGAUGGAAAGCCACGUGUUUGCCAAGUGACUAUUAAUCAAGAGAUCGGUAUAAUGUAUUUAUUGAAAACUAUAUUUACCAAAGAAAACCAUGAAUGGCCAAAAGGCUUUCCAGACAUUGUUUUUAAUAAUGGAGAAUUAUAUUAUGCUCGAGAUGAAACAAAGAUUGGUGAAAAAAUUUAUAUUAAAGGAUUCUGUGCGUAUGCGCAGAUAGACUUUUUUGGAAUUGAAAAGCUUUUUGUAACUGCUAAAAUUACUGAUGGAAUAACAAUUGAAGUAACCGAUAACGAAAAAAAUGCUGAACUAAACUUGGGAUUUGUCAAGUUAUUUAAUUACAAACUAUUAAUACAAUCAAGUGCUAACCAACAUAGCAUUGGCAUGAAAGGUUCAAUAAAAUUGUUUGACAGACAUUUUGCAGAUUUUAAAUUUGAAUACGACAAAUCGACACAACGAUUAAGUGGAGCCAUUUCUGAAAUAUUUGGGAAAAAAGAAUCGAAAAUAAAAGGAUAUUGGUCUAAAAAUGAUAAGUUUGUCAUCACGGAGUGGAUUUGUAAAUUAGAUUGGGAGACUAAUAAAUUUGCCGAAUUUAUUGAAAAGGCAUCAAAUAUCAACCCAAAAUGCAAAAUUUUGGGUCUUGUGCUUGAAGAAACCUUUAUAGGAGACUUCAAUAUAUCAAUAAGUAACUUUAAAUAUCAAGACAAUACUGCUUCAUUUGACGUUACUGGCACUUAUUCAAUAAAUAUAGAAGCUACAUACAAUAAUUCAACAAAGCUUACAAAAAUUGCAGAUAUUAAGAUAGACAUCCAUUUAAACAUCAAUUAUCCAACAGACGAUGAUCUUGACAAUAUAGCUGGAUAUAUAUUAAAAUGUUUGAAAGAUAACACUGCAGAAUUUUUAAAAAGUUUGCUGAAUGAUCCAGAAAAAUUCGCAAUAUUUGUAGAAGCAUUAGCAAUUACUACUUUGAAAAAAUUAGGAGAAUCUGCAAUAAAAGGAUUUGGAUGUAUAGCUGGCGAUAAAAUAAAAAACUCAAGAAGUAUAAUAAAAGAACGUAUUAAUGAAGUUGUUAAUGAAAAGAGAUCUAAACUUGAACCUUUGGAAAAUUUGAAAAAUAAAAUAGAAGCAAUUGAAAAAGCAAAAACAUUAAGUGAUGCGAUGUCUAAAAUUAAUAUUUCGCUUUUGCUAAUUGGAGAAUGGACUGUAUUUUUUGAAUGGGCUAUUUCUUUUUUGAUAUCUGGUGGUGUAAAAAAAAUCCUUGAUGGUGAUGAAUCAGAAUUAAAAAAAGUUGAAGCGACGAAAGAACAAAUUGAAGGAUAUAAAAAAAGAAUACAUAAAGUUAUAGAAGAAUUUUUAUUUAUGGAUAGUUCAGCCAUUGAAUUAGAAUUUUUAGAAAAUACUCUAAAUAUUAAUUGGAAGAUUCCAUCAAAAUCAAAAGAUGACAAAUUAGCUAUAGACAUCAGAUUUAAUUUGCAAAUUACGGUAAAUACAGAAAAAAUUGAAGAGAAAUGGAAAAAAUCUAAUAUCAAUGAUUUGUCAUUUAUAUUAACAAAUGAUAAAUUGAUGAAAUGUUUUGAUGUUACUGUCACAAUCACAGCAAUACUUUUAUAUAAAGAUAAAAGGUAUACAGGAUUACACUCAGCAGAAGUAAAAAAAAGUCAUAGUCGAACAUUGCUACCUCCAAUCAAAUUAACACCAAAAUAUGAUUCAAAUAGUAAAAAUCUUGCAAUUAACAUUUUGUCUUCAGAUCCUGAUAUUAAGCAAUAUUUCUGCGAAUUGACUGAUAAGAACCAUCAAUGGGUUUACAAUAAAAAAAUUGACGUGAACACAUCAUGGAUAAUUGAUACUGAGAAAGAACUGAUUGAUGCCCCAGGUGGUGAAUACUCAUUGCGCGCAAAAGCUAUGGCAGAAGGUUGGAACGAUAGUAAAUAUAUGCAUGCUGAAGAAACAGCAUCACAACUUUUACCUCCUGAAGUGGUAUCUUUUGAUUAUCAACCAAACACUGAUUAUUUACAAAUAUUAGAAGAUGAUGAAAAUGAUAUGAAACAAGUUUCUGGAUAUUAUUGUCAAGUGAUUCAAGUAAUAGAUAAAGAAGAAGUUAUUAUUUAUGAUACUGAAAAGUUUUUCAAGUUUCUUUCACCUGUUGAAAAAAUAAAAACAAAGUAUAGUAAUAAUAGUCUAAGAUUUUCAUGGAAAAAUGUCAUAAAUGCAAACAGUUAUCAAGUCGCAGUAUAUAUUUGUGGAAAUCAUAUAAAAACUUUUUGCCAACAGACAAAUGCCUUUAAUAUAAAUGAUAAUGAAAUUGAUAAACUGGAAGAAGCAAUUAAGUCAAUUCAGAUUACAUCAACAGCAUUGACCUAUUCAUUUUCAGUUCAAGCAAUUAAUGGGAAUUCUAUAUAUACUUUACAUGGACGAGAAACAUUUGCUGAAAAAUCUUUUACCCAACUUCCAAAACCUACUGAUAUUAAUGUCAAAGUUAUUAAUAAUCACAAUUUAAGAGGGUAUCUGGUUGGAUUAUAUAGUACUGAAUCAAACAAACAAUUAGUUAAAAUGAUCACUUCAAAUUCGAGUAAAUUUGAGACUGAUGAAAUUAACCACAAAUUUGAGACUGAUGAAAUUAACCACAAAUUUGAAGAAAAUGAAGAUUGUCAAAUACGAGUGUACUCUAUUUCAUCAAGAGUAGAAGAAGUGAUAAAUAGUUUUCCAACAAUAUCAACUGAUAUAUUAAAACUUUUACCAGAACCAAAAGACUUGGAAAUUUCGUAUGAACAAGGAUCUAUUUAUGUAUCUUGUACUGCUGAAUCAAAUUCCAACAUAGAAUAUUAUUGGCUUUGUAUAAAUAUAGUUGGUUCGAAAGAACAAGAGGAAAAAACAAUUAAAUUUGAUGGUUCAUUAAAAAUUAUUGAAAAAUUUUCUAAUGACUUGAUUAAUUCAUCUGAUGGUGCUAAAAUUGAAAUUUGUGCUUCUGCAAAGGCAAUAGGACAUGAUUUGAUAUUAGACAGCAAAAUUAAAACUUCAGCUCCUUAUUCUAAUCUUGUGCAGUAUGCUGCGCCUCAAAAUGUUAAACACACAAAUAACAGUAAUAGUAUCAUUGUAUCAUUCAAAGCACCAAACAAUGGUCGUUAUGAGAUUCAAAUUAUGAGUGUAGAUAAUGAAUAUUGUCGUGAUGAAAAAUUGAUGACGUCUAUCCAGUCUGUCAAGACGUCUGGUAUUAAAGGGAACAACAAUGUAGAAAUUACUCCUGAUGACCUUGACUGCAAAAAAUAUACAUCACGCGUACGCCAAAUUUUAAGUGAUGGCGAUAAAGAUAAUCAAAAAAAACGCAUUGAAAGUAUUUGGCAAUAUUCUGAAAACAAACCAGAAAAUUACCCAAUAAUUAACAUUAAAUAA